CUAAUUUUUUUUUUACCAUUCAGGGCAGCCUAACAGGAACAGCAUGGCAUGCUAGUACGGUAUCGUGCAACACAGGGGCUCAGAGUAUAUUUUAUAUAGCUGGACAUAUGGCUUUUGACAUUGUUAAGUCACUUGGUUAAACUUGUUCCCUCUUUCCAAUUUACCAGUCUAAGCCUGUUCAUGUGGAAGGCAACAGAAAAACAAGAUAACAUGGUUUGGGGAGUCUUGGAGGUGGAAAGAUGCCACUGGCAGCAAUUGUGGAGGGAAAGAAGAGUGCUACUUAAACUAAAACUGAUAGUUAGUUAAUCCCAACUCCUGAGUAAAGCCUAAAGUGGGAUCAACUAACCUGACAACCACCUUGAUUUCUCUAUUACAGAAUAUUGCCAGUACUUGUGAAAGCACUCUCUUGCUCUUCGUCUUAAACACAUUACAACCUGUUCCUUCCUCGAAUUCUCUCAAAUUGAAGAAAGAAGAGAUUUUAGGCAAGUGUGAUCCUCUGACAAUUAACCACCUUCCCAGCUACUGUUUCCACAACUGCAAGUGUUCUGUUUUGUAUCUAUGGCUACAAGUCCCAAGACAGGCAACCAUUUUUAAGCAGAGGAAGUCCACCAGCUUUACUUAGUGAAUUUACAGAGCCCAAGUCCAGCAACAUGACAGACCAGAAAAACAGCACUCAGUCACCAUCAUCUUUUCAGCCAAGAAAGGUAACAGUGAGGAGUAAACAGCUAAGCAGAGGUCCUUAUGUGUAGCCACUGGAAGAUGUCAAUGGCAAGGACCAGCUUAUGUAAGUACAAUGAUGCUGAAAAUAACCCAGGUAAGAUAUUAGUAAGUUUUAAAUAAAGACUUUGGAACAUUCUUGAGAUUUGACCUCAAGAUGGCAAAACUAAACUGUAUAGAUAUUGUUUCAAGGGGAACUUUUGUAUGAUGCUCUCUGAUACAAUAAAAACAUCAAGAGACCAACAAACCCAAGUUAGGGUAAGUAAGUGGGUCUAUGCCUGCCUUUUAAAUGGUCUGAUACCUUUACCCUUUAUCUCUUCCUAGAAACAGUAAGGUUGAUCAAUAACAUUUAUUUUACCAAAAUGCCUAUGGACUUCUCAUGACUGGAGACAAGCUACUUAUAAAAAUGCUUGCUCUGUCAAGGCGCAGCGUGUUUUCUCCUUUGCUUGGUACCACAGUGUUCAGACGCUUCUACAGAGGUGACAGCCCAACAGAUUCUCAAAAAGACAUGAUUGAAAUCCCUUUGCCUCCAUGGCAGGAGAGAACUGAUGAAUCCAUAGAAACCAAAAGAGCCCGCCUACUCUAUGAGAGCAGAAAAAGGGGAAUGUUAGAAAACUGCAUUCUCCUUAGCCUCUUUGCUAAAGAACAUCUGCAGCACAUGACAGAGAAGCAGCUGAACCUCUAUGAUCGUCUGAUUAACGAGCCUAGUAAUGACUGGGAUAUUUACUACUGGGUCACAGAAGCAAAACCAGCCCCAGAAAUAUUUGAAAAUGAAGUCUUGGCCCUGCUGAGAGACUUUGCUAAAAACAAAAACAAAGAGCAGAGACUGCGUGCCCCAGAUCUUGAAUACCUCUUUGAAAAGUCACGUUGAGCUGUGCACCGCUGCCUUGCUGCCUUGCUCGGGGGCUCAGUCGUGGAUCGUAACUGCUUAUGAUAGACACUAGCGUUGGCUUUCUGCUUCUCUUUAGACACUCAGGUCUCCCCAGCCCCAGACUGUGGGUCCUGCCUCAAGUGUUGGACAUACAUACUUCUCUUCCAAGACAUACAUGUAAAUGUGCAGUGUGGCUCACUCUCGCCGUUUUUGUUCAGUUGAAAGUCGUUUG